AUGGACCGUCAUCAUCCUUUGCACUCAAGUUUUCAUGGUUCUAUGAGGAGCAGAGGAUCAUCAUCAACAGUGGGCAGUGAUCCAAGAGAAAAAAUCAAAGAUUGUUUUAGAAAAUUUAUCGCGUUUAUGUUUACACAAGUGGGUGUUGGCGCUCUGGUCGUAUGUUACGCGAUAUUAGGUGCAGUUUGUUUCAUUCACCUGGAGAAGUACAGUCCUGAUCAGCAACUUCAUGAUGUCAAACUUUGGAGGCAAAAUUGUGCUGAAACUUUAUGGAAUAUAACACUGUCUAUAAACGUAUUCAAUGAAACUGCAUUUGUACAAAAAGCUAAUGAAGUGCUGAAAGUUUUCCAGAGCAAUAUAACUGCGGCCAUACACACAGGUUACACUGGUAGAUCAGCUGAUGACAUUUGGUCUUUCCCUGCAGCUCUCAUGUAUUCAUUAUCAGUAUUCACUAUGAUAGGCUAUGGCAAUAUUAUACCCAAAACAGUGUGGGGAAAAAUUGUUACCAUUGCAUAUGCAUGUUUUGGUAUACCAAUAUAUAUACUAUAUUUCUGCAAUAUGGGAAAAGUGCUAGCUCAAACCUUUAAAUGGUUGUACAUCACAGCACACGAGUGCAGUCGCAGAGAUGAUGCACAAUUUGAAAAUGGAGAGAUACCACAGAAAAGGAAGAUAACAGUUCCGUCAACAGCAUGCCUUUGGGUCAUAUCGUUUUACAUUCUAACGGGUACUAUUAUGUUUGGGGCAUGGGAGAAAUGGAAUUAUUUGGAUUCUACUUAUUUUUGUGUUAUCAGUUUAUGUAAGAUAGGCUUCGGGGACUUUGUUCCUGGUGCAAAUAUAGCAGACUCUGCUGGUGGUUCUCAUCUGAAGCUGGUUAUCAAUUUUAUAUAUGUACUUCUUGGUAUGGGUCUGGUCGCUAUGUGUUACAACUUGAUGUGUGAGGAUGUGAGAGUUAAAGUAAGAGAGUUGAGAGAAGAUCUCAAGAAUUGUUUGGAUGAUAUCACACUUAAAAUAACUGUGUGUAUGAAUGAUACUAAGUUACUACAGUCGGUGAGCAGUAGACUUAAAGCAUUGCCCACUACAGAACUCAUAGAUGCAGUGUCGGCAGUAUCUUUACCAGAAGAAAUAGAUAUAGAAGAUUUACAUAACAAUCAGCACAUUAUCGUUUGUAUUAGAAUCAACAAUCUCGAUAUACGUAGGUCCAAAUUUAUUAUGAUCUAUUCAGUCUAGGCACUUUUGAAAAUAGAAAGCUACGCCAUCGGCUCGCAAAUAAACUCACCAAGAGCUACUUUUUUCAAAUCCACUAAUAAAAAAUUAUUUCAUUAGACUAAGACACUUUCCAUUACAACAAAAGAUCACAAUAAGAGAUUUGGACGAUUCUAAAGUGCUUGUAAUAGCCUACUUGAAUAAAGAUAUUUUCUGGUAAUUCCUUCGUCAAUCUAAUAAUAUGCCUUGUCUAUUUAUAUUUUCAUUCGUGAUCUGUUUUGUAGUGAAUCAUCGGAUCCGCUUUGGUGGCGAGAGAAGCUAGCUCUAGAUGAGACGAGACUGACACUGGUGGGGUUCAGUAAGGGCUGCGUUGUGCUCAACCAGGUCAUAUACGAGUUCCACUACACCAAGACACUCACGCCGGGAGACGCGCACAUGAUGAGGUAAAUACGGAUGAAUACUAAUUGUUUUUUAUUUGUCCGUCAAGUAGUUUGUAAAAAAAUUGAAUACACGUAUUUUUUUUUUACAUAUGUUGACUCGAAAUUGCAACGUAACUCAUUAAAAUCUAAAUAUUCAUGGAUUCAUCUUUCACUAGCUUUAGUAUGCUAUCUUCUGAACAGACGAAUUUUACCGAUGCUACUUAUAAGUCAGGUUAAAGCAAAUCAACAAAAGGGAUGAUGACUGGGUAGAAAAUAAAGAAAAAUAUUGGAUACGUAUUUUUGUUUACUUCAAUUUAACAAGAAAUAGCUUACUUCAAUUUAACAAAAAAAAGCAUUAAAGCUGAGGAGAGGAGGCUCGCUACGUCACAACUUUGUAGAACACUUCCAAAGGCGUGAUGUCAUGCGCCAUUUCGACUCAAUGUAGCGGCGUAAUUUAUUGAUUGAGAAAAUGAAAAAAUACGUGUUAAAGAAGAUUUUCCAUUAUCCCUAUUAUUUGUUAUAUUAUCUGGUCACCCUAGGCCCGGGCCUACUGUGGCCUCAGGGUAAAUCCGCUCCUGUGUGUAUAGGUUUAUGGAGCGCAUAGAGGGCAUGUACUGGUUGGACGGAGGACAUGCGGGCGGCAAGAACACGUGGAUCACAUCGCGCAGUCUACUCGAAACACUCACCAGGCUCGGUGCAGGACGAGGGCCGGCCCUGGAUCGGGCGGGAGGAGCGCGCCUUCACCACGCUGCUGCACAAACUCGGCGCCGAGAUAAGUCGGUAUUUGCACGAAUCCUCCUCGCCGGCUACGCCCAACUCGCUUCAGACUCACUUCGAGGUGCUCGCCAACUUCAAACGAGUACAAGAUUCCACACCACCCGCUACACAAACCGCAGAUACAUCUGACGAUGAUCAGUAG